AUGAGCUAGCAGUGUAGGCUAGCUGGAUAAGCCUUUGUCGUCAUGGCCUCAACAUUCAAAAUCCUUGCGUCGACGUUUCUGCUACUGUUUUUGGCUCCAACGUUUUUACAUGCGGUGGUUGAAACUCUGCCUGGUUUCCCAGCAAAACUUCCAUUCAAACUCCAUACUGGUUACAUAGGUGUGGGAGAAUCUCAAGAAAUUCAACUGUUUUACUAUUUCAUUGAAUCUGAGAAGAGCCCAGAAACUGAUCCACUCUUGCUAUGGCUCACUGGUGGUCCAGGUUGCUCUGGACUCUCUGCCUUCUUCUUUGAAAUUGGUCCUUUGACCAUUAACUAUGCAAAUUCCACUGGGGACAUCCCAGAUUUGGAGUUGAACCCCUAUGCAUGGACCAAGGUGGCCAACAUCAUAUUUGUGGAUCAACCAGUUGGAACUGGAUAUUCCUAUUCAGAAACAUCAGAUGCUUACAACACUAAUGAUACUUUAUCUGCACAACAUACUUAUAGUUUCCUCGUACAGUGGCUCCUGGACCAUCCUACAUUCCUUAACAAUCCACUCUAUGUUGCUGGAGAUUCCUAUUCUGGAAUCACUGUUCCACUCGUCGUUCGCAAUAUAUAUGAUGGUUUAGAAUCUGGAAUUGAGCCGCGACUAAAUAUGAAAGGGUAUAUAGAAGGCAAUCCAUUGACUCACCGAUUCUCAGACACUAAUAAUAGAGUGGUGUAUGGCUAUCGAAUGGGGUUUUUAUCAGACAAUCUGUACAAGUCCACGAAAGAAAGUUGCAAUGGAAAUUACAUAGAUGCGCUUCCACACAAUUCAGCGUGUCAAUAUGACCUUCAAAGAGUAACAAAGUGCACUGAAAAGAUUAAUAUGCCACAAAUUCUAGAACCCGCGUGUAACCCGGAAAUUUUACUAAGUCUAGAUGGUGAAAAUCUACCACAACAAUGGUGCAGAGACGAUAAUUAUUUGUUCGCCUACUCCUGGGCAAAUAACAAAAUUGUGCAGAAAGCACUCGGUGUGCGUGAGGGAACUAUGACAGAGUGGCUUAGAUGCAACCAUACCUUGAGUGGUCCACCUGAAGCGGAGAGGAGUGAAACAUACGUUUUUAAUGUGAAAAACACGGUUGAUUAUCAUCGCAGUUUCACUAACAAAUCUUGUCGAGUUCUAAUCUACAGUGGGGACCACGACAUGAUCGUUCCUCAUGUGAGCACAGAAAAAUGGAUAGAAUCCUUGAAAGUUGGUGUUGAAGAUGAUUGGAGACCUUGGUUUGUUGAAGAUCAAGUUGCAGGAUAUACCAUGAAGUAUUCACAGAAGGAGUAUGAGUUGACAUAUGCAACUGUAAAGGGAGCAGGUCAUACAGCACCAGAAUAUAAGCCACGAGAAUGCCUGCCAAUGAUUCAAAGAUGGCUUAGCAUUUAUCCUCUUUGAUUAUUAUGUAAAAUUAUAUUGAAUGCAUAUUAUAUUCCAUAUUAAAAUGGUAAGUGUUUGGCGAUCUCUUGAAGGGAUUGACCCUCUACUUACCGGUUAUGCACUAGGAGUUAUUAAAUGAUUUAGUUUCAUUUUUCUGUCUA